GCACGCUUGGUGCUAAGCAGGCGCCAUCGGAGGCUCGGCUAAGUAAAGUUGCUGUCACUGACCCAUACUCACGCUGACCGCAAUCAAUCAUGUAUCGGCCCAAACCGACUUUGAAGGACCGACAGCACCUGUAUAAACUUAUUAUUAGCCAACUUCUUUAUGAUGGGUACACCAACAUCGCUAACAGUCUGAUCAAUGAAGUCAAGCCACAGACUGUAGUGUCGCCUUCCGAGCAACUGAUGCAGCUUGCAAAAGUCGGAAUGGAGAAUGAUGACAGUGCAGUUCAGUAUGCCAUUGGAAGGUCAGACACAGUAGCGCCGGGAGUGGGUAUUGACCUGGAGUUUGAUGCUGAUGUCCAGACCAUGUCUCCAGAGGCGUCAGAGUAUGAGACCUGCUAUGUUACCUCCCACAAGGGUCCAUGUCGUGUUGCCACAUACAGUCGAGAUGGGCAGCUCAUUGCAACUGGCUCUGCUGAUGCCUCUAUCAAAAUACUGGACACAGAGCGUAUGCUAGCCAAGAGUGCUAUGCCCAUUGAAGUAAUGAUGAAUGAGACAGCCCAGCAGAACAUGGAAAACCAUCCUGUGAUUCGGACACUAUAUGACCAUGUUGACGAAGUCACUUGCCUCGCCUUCCAUCCAACUGAACAGAUUCUAGCUUCCGGCUCACGAGAUUACACCCUUAAAUUGUUUGACUAUUCCAAGCCCUCUGCAAAAAGGGCAUUCAAACAUAUACAGGAGGCUGAAAUGCUACGUUCGAUCUCCUUCCACCCGUCAGGUGACUUCCUGCUGGUGGGAACACAGCACCCCACUCUGCGCCUCUAUGAUGUCAAUACGUUCCAGUGUUUUGUGUCCUGCAACCCUCUGGAUCAGCACACGGACACUAUCAGUGGUGUUGGCUACAACCCCACUGCCAACAGCUACGUCACUUGCAGCAAGGAUGGCAGCAUCAAGCUGUGGGAUGGUGUCUCAAACCGUUGUGUGACCACUUUUGACAAGGCCCAUGGUGGUGCUGAGGUGUGUUCUGCCAUCUUCUCCAAGAACUCAAAAUACAUCCUGUCCAGUGGCAAAGACUCUGUGGUCAAGCUGUGGGAGAUCUCAACAGGACGGACGCUGGUUAAGUACACAGGUGCUGGCCUAAGCGGUCGCCAGAUGCAUCGUACCCAGGGAGUGUUCAACCAUACUGAGGACUAUGUGCUGUUGCCUGAUGAGCGUACCAUCAGCCUGUGCUGCUGGGACUCACGCUCAGCCGAGAGGAAGAACCUGCUGUCCUUGGGCCACAACAACAUUGUGCGCUGCAUUGUGCACUCACCUACAAACCCUGGUUUCAUGACCUGUAGUGAUGACUUCAGGGCCCGAUUCUGGUACCGUCGCACUACUACGGACUAAGAAGGAGAGCUGUCACGCCACCUGGACUCUUAUUUCAUCUUUUGAGUACCAAACAAGUCCCUGGACCCUGAGGUCCCUGUCCCAAGAUCUCAUGCUGUCCCUUCAGCCCUUUUUUCAUUUUUAAUGGUCUUUGGAGACUCUUGGAUCUUUUUUUUUUUUAAUUGUUCACCGUUAAUUUUUUAGGGGAUUACCUCAUAAAAAAUAGAGUAAGCUUUGCAUUACUGUGACAGGAGGAGAUUAAUAGCAAUUACAGCUCCAGUUGUAGGAGAUUAUUUGUUUUGCCUAGACUCCUUUUGAUAACUUUGUUGUGUCUAUUCUUGAUUUCUGCAUUUAAAGCGUUGUCUGACUGAAGCAAACUUUUGGAGACUGACUUGUGAAAUCCUUAUUACUGUAUGGAAAUAUCAGUUGCCACUACUAUUACUAUCCUUUCCACAGAUUUGCCAUGUCAGAAUCAACUACAGAGUAGGUGCGGUCCUCCUCAUUUUUAUAUUUUGUUAUCCACUGGUUAAGAUUUUUAUUAAACAGAUUAAAAAAACAAACCCUGCCUCUUAAGUCAUUUCACG